CGGGUACUCGCCCCCCUGGCUCUCCUCAGUCAGUAGUCUCAGUGUUGUGCAUCGCGCUGUAGUGAGAGUCAUCUUCCCGCUCCGCCGCGCCGCCUUCCUGCCAACAUGGUGGAUACAAACAGAGGAAUUUCGUGGCACAUUGUCGUGGCCAUCUUGUUUUGUGGAUUGUCAUACGCAUAUUGCGCAACUAAGGGACAGAGGGUGAGAUCGUCUCCCGACAUCCCAGUCACUCAGUUCUCAUGUGCAGGACGACCCCCGGGCUACUACGCUGACGUGGAAACUGGCUGUCAGGUCUACCACAUGUGUACUGAGGGAGGCAACCAGUUUAGCUACAAAUGUCCCAACACGACGCUGUUCCAGCAGAGGAUGCUCAUCUGUGCCCACUGGUACCAGGUCAACUGCAGUCGCUCAGAACAACACUACGCCAAUAACUUGCUGAUCGGACAAAGGGACAAACCUUUUGUCAAUGAUGACUCCAUUCUCACGACAAGUAAGGAGUUAAAAACACUUCAAAAUCCAGAAAUUCUGCAAAACCUCGGCCAAGCAGGGCGGGAGGGCUUAGCAAGGCGAGGCAAGGCUCAAGCUACAAACGACAAUGUUCCAACAAACAGAGUGUUACAAAACAACCUCAAGAGACACCAAGAACCCUCUUUAGGAUUUACAGGCACAGCUACUGCUUCUUCUCCAACACCCUUUCAAGCUGCUAACAGAAGAAACCAAGAGGAUCUUGCAUCAUUACCCCUAGCAGGAUCUGUAAUACCUGGAGGAAUCAAGAGUGUUAAUUUUUCUUCAAGAAAACCACAGGGCUCUACUUUUAAUCCCUCAUUUCAAUCACCUGUACCUUUUCACCAAAGCAGUACCUCACAGAUUCAGUUUGUCAGUAAAGCACCUUUCCAGAGUUCACAAAUAACUCCAAGAGUUUCUUUUGUCUCUUCCACAUCUCCUUCUAACUCUGUAGAUAAUACAUUUCCCACUACUAAGUCCCCAUUUGCAUUCACUUCAAAAUCUACCACAGUUAAGCUAAAUCAAUUUCAGCCUAGUGGAUUCAACAAACAAUCAUUUGCAGAUUUUUCAUCUGAAGCUUCAACAUCUAGGCCGGGAUUUGAAUUUAUACCUCCACCAGGUCAGAAACCAUCAGUAGAUUUAGCCGUGGCUUCACAAGAGAAUGCUUUGAGUGGUAGAUCGACAACUACCGCUGAACCUGAGGCUGAUUCUGAAUUUGGAGGGGGUUUACCAGAAAUUGAAACUACGAUUAAAGCUGUUAUAGAACAACCGAAAAAUGGAAGUCUUCCUCAGGACAAAUUCAAUACUUUCAUCAAAAGAUUCAACCCCUUUGAAGAGCCUCCUCAACCAACAACAGAGAGUGAAAUUACAACUGAGCAAACUGAAAAAGAAUAUCAUACAUUUAUUAACAGAUUUGUUCCGGAUCAAACUCUAUUCUCCACCCAUACUAAGCUGGGACAACCAAUUGAAGAACCUGUAUUCAUCAAUCGUUUUGUAUUAACUCCAGAAGAGUUGGCAAAAGAAAAAGACAGAGUGCAAGUGGAUAAACUACACAAUCUUUUGCCCCCAGAUGACAAGUUAACAGUGAACUUUCCUAAUUUUGAUCUGAUUCCUCCUGUAGAUGAUUCUACUGACAGUGAGAGUAACAAAAUUGAACUCCAUCUUCAGGAUCCUCGAAGAACACUGUUUAUACCGAGUGGGGAUGACAAUAGCUUUUCUAAAGCAGAUGCAGCCCCAAUAAUUGUUUCCAUCCCUCUACACUCUCAGGACAGAUCUCCCAAUAUGUGGUUCAGAACAGACGAUUCUACAGAUCCUUGUUCUAGGUGCCAUCCAUCAUUCCUUGUCAACAAAGAGACCUGCAUGCCCUGUGUCAUAAUAAGAUGAUUUAACUGUGUAUCUCUACAUUUUUGUAUAUAUUCCUAGGUUAAUGACUAGGUAAUCAGGACAUGAUUGUGAUAAUUGUAUUUAAGUUGAAAUGUUAUACACUUCAGGUAUAUUCAUAUUCAUAUUAGCAAACCGUUUUUGAAUUAUAUACUUGACUCUCGUAUAUACUUUUGGCACUCCCAUUUCAAUGACACUGUAUACAUGACAAAACUAUAAUAUUAAGUGUAUAAAUAAUGACUAAAAAAUUUGUUGUAAAAUAUAUGUUCUUGGUGUAUUAAUAUCUUAAGAUUUAUGAGUUACUUAGAUAUGAUUCAGAUUGUUUAGUGUCAGUAUUAUUUUUUUUUUUUUAUUUUAUUUCAAAUCUUCAAACUAGUAUUUUUAAUACAUUUUUAACAUAACUUAUAGACCUAAGUUGUAAAAAUAUAGAUUUCUUGUAGAAGUUAUUAUUAGAUGUAGUACACCUUUGUAGAUUGUAUUUAAGAAAUGUAAUCAAGUGAUUAAAGUGAGCAGAGGCUAUUAAAAUGAGCCAUUCACACUUUUGAUACUUUUACACUGUACUUACAAAAACAGCUGACUUUAACUCCCUAAACUAACUCCUAACUCCCUAAACGAAGGGACCAAAAAUGAUUUCGUCUCCCAAGGGAUUAAAUAAAACAGCUACUUUGGGCCCAACACAUGUAUUAAAAAUAGCUGUUUUUCUGCAGUAUGACAAAAAGGUAGCCUACUUUUGGUGUUCACACCUGUUUAUUAUAUUGAAUCUAAUGACUAGACAAUGAAUGUAAAACUCCACAACUUACUUAUAUUGUAAUGAUGUAAUCUGUAUUAAAAUUGAUUUGU